AUGAAUCCGAUACCUGGGUGUGGAGGAGGAGGCUGGACCCUAGUGAUGAAAAUUGAUGGGAAUAAGAACGAUUUCAAUUAUAGCUCUUCAUAUUGGACCAACAAGGCAGUCUACAAAAUACAAGAUGGUCUCGAAGGCUUGACGGAAAAACAAACAAAGUUGGCUUCCUACUGGAACACACCGUUCCGCAAGAUUUGCCUCGGAAUGAAAGUCAAUAAUCAGACCAGAUGGAUAGCGCUGGACUACGCCGCAAGUUCGUUAUACAACGUGAUCGGAGAAGGUAGUUUCAAAAGCACAAGUGCUGGGAAGGAAGCCUGGAAAUCUCUCAUCACUGGUUCAGCUUUACAAGAAAAUUGUAACAGAGAAGGAUUUAAUAUCAAAGUGGCCUCAGAAUCAGAAGAUUUUGCAACCUAUGUUCACGUCCGGAUUGGUGUCGUGGCAAACAAUGAAAAUGACUGUGUUUCUUGUGAUUCGUGCAUUGGUUUUGGUACCUCAGCUGGGUGUCAUAACGAAAGACGAAUGACGACAUGCGGUAAUAUGGGCAUUUGCAAUGAACUAAACAACAAAAACACACCGGCAUUCGGAUUCAUUCUUGUACAGUAG